AUGACCCCAACCUCAUACAAGGACCUUGAACCCGACUCGUCAUUAACCGACGGAACCUUUGCAGUUUCUGGUGACAUACUCUCUGUAGACGGGCUCGGAGGGCUACUAGUGGAAGGAAAAACCAUAGGGGCCUCCGCUGGCGUCGCAGAACUUGAUGGAAUGCUUGCCGAUGCCUCCGGAGUCGCUGCAGUAACCGGACCCUCUGUCGACAUUGGCGGAGCCCCAAGUGGUGCCAAUGUAGGAGCAGUCACCGGAGUGGAAACCGCUGGUGAUGAAGCCGGAGGAGAGCCAGAUGGGGCAGCGGCAUUUGGCGAGGGCGCUGGAGGGGAGACGGUAGGACUUGGUGGGGAAGUGGAUGAAGAUGGAGAUGUAGCCGGAGAUUUUGAAGGGGAGACGGGAAUAGUUGGUGGGGAAGUGGAUGGGGAUGGGGAUGUGGCCGGAGAUUUUGAAGGGGAGACGGGAAUAGUUGGUAGGGAAGCCGAUGGGGAUGUAGCUGGAGAUUUUGAAGGGGAGACGGGAAGAGUUGGUGGGGAAGUGGAUGGAGAUGUAGCCGGUGAUUUUGAAGGGGACGAUGGGGGUGAAGUUGUGGACGGAGAAGGAGAAGAACUAGAGGGUGAUGUUGGAAUUGACGAGGAUGUGGGCGAUGGCGCAGGCGCAUUGUCCCCAUUUACUGUAAAAUUAGAGUUUGAAAUACAGAAAGCAGAAAGAAGAAGAAGAAGAAGAAGAACGCUGUGCAUAUGCUGCAACAUCUUGAUUGAACCCUCUGAAUGUUAG